CCUGGAGGCCUCUUAGUGAAAACAAAUUGAUGUUUUCCCCUGCCAGAGACGGCUGCAGUCGUUCGGUUCCCGUCUGCCUUCCAUGUAGGAUUUGAUUUCUCCUAAACUUGGUUUAAGACUUUUAAAGAAGGCCCUGAUUUAUCGAGGCCUGUUGGUGAAGUAAAAUUCGGCUGGCUACUCUCAACGGAAGGAAGAUGCAACUGCUAGGCCGGGUGAUCUGUUUCGUCAUUGGGAUCCUGCUUUCUGGGGGCCCAACGGGGACCAUAUCAACUGUGGACCCUGAAGCAAACAUGAACGUGACUGAGAUAAUCAUGCACUGGGGAUAUCCUGGUGAAGAGCACUCAGUACAGACAGGAGAUGGCUACAUUCUGGGUGUUCACCGAAUCCCGCAUGGGCGGAAGAACCAGUUUGAUAAAGGUCCCAAACCAGUUGUGUAUCUUCAGCAUGGCUUCCUGGCAGAUUCUAGUAACUGGGUCACAAACAUUGACAACAACAGCCUGGGCUUCAUCCUGGCAGAUGCUGGCUUUGAUGUGUGGAUGGGAAACAGCAGAGGAAACACCUGGUCCCGGAAGCACAAGACCCUCUCAGUUUCUCAGGAUGAGUACUGGGCCUUCAGCUUUGAUGAGAUGGCAAAAUACGACCUCCCUGCUUCAAUUAACUACAUUUUGAAUAAAACUGGCCAAGAACAACUGUAUUAUGUGGGCCACUCCCAAGGCUGCACCAUAGGUUUUAUAGCAUUUUCACAGAUGCCUGAACUGGCAAAGAAGGUUAAAAUGUUUUUUGCCCUGGCUCCUGUGUUGUCUCUCAACUUUGCUUCGGGCCCGAUGGUCAAACUGGGACGGUUGCCGGAUCUGCUUCUUGAGGACUUGUUUGGGCAGAAGCAAUUUCUUCCUCAGAGUGCAAUGGUGAAAUGGCUAAGCACUCACGUUUGCACGCACGUCAUCAUGAAGGAGCUUUGUGCCAACAUCUUCUUUCUGAUUUGUGGCUUCAAUGAGAAGAAUUUAAACAUGUCUAGAGUGGAUGUGUAUACAACACACUGUCCUGCGGGAACCUCUGUGCAAAACAUGUUACACUGGACCCAGGUUGUUAAAUACCAUAAGCUUCAAGCUUUUGACUGGGGAAGCAGUGACAAGAAUUAUUUUCAUUACAACCAGAGUUAUCCACCCUUGUACAGCAUAAAAGACAUGCAUCUACCCACUGCUUUGUGGAGCGGGGGCAAGGACUGGCUGGCAGACACCAGCGACAUCAGUAUCUUACUGACUGAAAUCCCCACGUUAGUGUACCACAAGAACAUUCCCGAGUGGGACCAUCUGGAUUUUAUCUGGGGUUUGGAUGCCCCCUGGAGGCUGUAUGAUGAAGUAGUCAGUCUAAUGAAGAAAUACCAGUGAGUGCCAAGGCUUGAGAUGCUUCCCCUUCACUAGGGGAAAAAAGGACAGGUGUUUGCUUAAUUCCUGCAAAAUACUUGUGUUUUCCUGGUCUUGAUCAUUUGUAUUUUUUAUGUGCAAGAAAACGAGGAUGUUGAAGACGUACAUGGGUCUGGUCAGUAAGAAGCACGCUAGCUGUCUUCUGCUUCAUUCAGACUGACAAGCUAGAGUCACAACCAGCGAUGCCUUUUAAGUCUUUAGAAAGCAUGGGUGUUACGUGAAAAAGCCAUUGCAAUCCUUUUGUUUACUUCUUACGGUCGUUUUCGGUGUCUGCAUGCUGUGCAUAUACAUGCCUAUGUGUGUGCCCUGUGCUGACCAGACCCUCCUUGUGUGGAGGUAAGGGCUCACAUCAGGGUAUCUUCCUCAGACACUUUCCACUUUACUUUUUGAGACCUGGUCUCUCGCUGAACCAGUCAGUAGCUUGCUAUUCCAGUUAGACUGGCUGACCAGGGAGCCUCCAGGACCUGUCCGUCUCUACCUUCCCCCUCACCAGGUCUUCGGAGGGUGAUGUCCCAGCCAGCAUUUUUACACUGGUUCUAGGGACAGGAACUCAGGUUCUCAUGCUUGACUAGCAAGCCCUUUCAUCACCAAACCAUUGCCUCAAACCCUCUGUGAUCGAAAAGCUGCUCAAUUACCUUUAUGUUCCCACCCAACGCAAGUGAACGAGCACAAGACGUUUCAAGCUGUUGUUUGUGAGCAAAGAUCAAUCUGCCAGUGGCUUGAACACGCUAUGAGAAACCCUCGCUCUGAGCUUGACAAACUGCAGUCCAGGUUCUCCAGAGAUUGAGACAGGGAGGCUGCUGUUAGAUUUAGGGUUCAUCUAGAGAGUGAGACUUUGUCUCUACAAAACCAAAGACAAAGGAGAAGAAGAAAAAAAACCCUAAAGUACUCAGUUCUCAUCUGUUAGCCUCAGGGGCCUUAGACAGUUCCUACGCUUACCUAUGCAAACAACAUUUUCAUGUCUUUAUGCAGUAGCUACCUAGUGAAGUCCAGUGUUACCCCAGCUUCUCCAGGAGUAAACAUUCUCUCUUCAAUCUCAUCAGACCUCAGUAGCAAGCAUUUAGUGAAUAUUUAGAUUUUUCAGGCCAAGCCAAGACAAAAAUGAAUAGAAUAAAAGAAAAAAAAAGCCCAGACUCUUGAAAAGUGGUUUGCACUGAUUUAAAAAUUAAAAAAAAAUAUCUUGAAGAAUGACAUGAUGAACUGUGUUGGUUCCGCACGUGUAGUCGGAUCCCUCUUCUGUGGAGAACGUUCUGUGGAGGGACAAACCACUAAUUUGCCCCAAGUGAAUGUGGCCGUAGUGACAGCGACAGUGCCUCUGUGAAGCAGGGCUGGCUGCUGGUGACAAGCGUUCCAGUUCCUUUUCUCAGAGAUGAAGCGGAUGUUUUCAGACAGAGCUCGGCUCAGGAAUUUCGCUUGGAGAAUCAGUGUUUAUGUGCACAGUGUUUUAGUGAGCCUGCUCUGCGCCUGCCUAUGGGGAAGCCCUCGACUGUUCACCGGGCUCGUGGGUGACGGCUGCCGUCAGCUGGACAGUGGAUAAGUUUUCUGACGUAGUCACCACAGAUGCAGGGAUAUCGCUUUGUGUCGACUCCUAAGGCAGGCAGGACGAUACGACUUGGUAACAUUGUAAAGGUUCACAUUUAAACUUUUCAAUAAAUCUCAGCCUCACAGGCCUGAACAUCUA